UGUUUUCUCGCUGCAGCUUCAACUCGCCUGCAGAACGAGUCUCUCCGAGGGCAAAGCGAGGGAAGAGGCGCAGUGAAAAUAGGAGGAGGAGGGGGGAUCUUGUGCUUCACAUCAGAUCAGCAGCAGGAAAAAACAUCCUGUACGCGAGGAUAAGGUGUCGGAUAGCAAAAGCAGAGGGUUAAAAAAAACAAAAAAACAGAAGAGCCGCUCCUCUUGUAUCGGAAAAUGGAGCUGCCCGCCGCGGGAGAGCACGUCUUUGCGGUGGAGAGCAUCGAGAAGAAGCGCAGCAGAAAGGGGAGGUUUGAGUACCUGGUCAAGUGGCGAGGAUGGUCUCCAAAAUACAACACGUGGGAACCAGAGGAAAACAUCCUGGACCCAAGACUGCUUGAUGCCUUCCAAGACAGGGAACGCCAAGAGCAGCUGAUGGGAUAUCGCAAGAGAGGACCCAAACCCAAGCACCUUCUGGUUCAGGUUCCGUCUUUCGCCAGGAGAUCUAGUCUUCUGGCUGGUCUCCAUGAGGCGGCCCUGGACGAGGACAGCUGUCAGAAGACCAGCCCCAUCCAGAUGCUCCUUCCCCAGGGCCAGCAGUACCAGCUGAACAGCAAGAAGCACCACCAGUACCAGCCGCUGUGCAGGGAGCGCGAGGCCGAGCAGCAACAGCCCAACGGCAAGAAGUUCUACUAUCAGCUCAACAGCAAGAAGCACCACCACUACCAGCCGGACCUCAAGGACCACGAGGCCAUAUUUGUUAAACCCAGAGAGUUAAAAGCGCCAGAGCUGGCUAACAAGGGUUAUAACCUUCCCCCAGUGCUGCAGCAAAAGUGGAUCCGGGACAAGGACUCCGGCUGCCUGACCAAAGUCAAGGAUAUCACCAUGGAGCUGAAGAAGCUUCCAGCGGACCUCAAUGGCCACAAAGAGCCGGAGAGGGUGAAACCCAAAGAGGAUGCUCUACCGCAGUCUAAUGGUGUCAGCAACGGCAAGCUAAAGAUCGUGAAGAACAAAAACAAGAACGGGCGGAUCGUUAUUGUCAUGAGCAAGUACAUGGAAAACGGAAUGAAAGCAGCUAAGAUUAAAAAUGGUGAUUCUGAAACCGCUGGAAAGCCACCGCAAGGAACUGACGACAGCACGGAGAACCAUCUUGAGAAGAUGAAACUCGUCAAGAAGCUCGGCCUCAUGAAUGGAUUUGCUAAAAACCCCAAAGACAAACCAACAGUUCCCAGUUCUGGAUUUAACGGACGUUGCUCCAAAGAAAAGGAACUGUCCCCCAAAACGGAGCCAACUGUGAUGGAACGGGUUAAACAUGUCGAGGUCAGGGGUCAGGGGCAGCUUUCAGCAGAUCAGCCUUUACAAUUGACAACCAAGCCUAAUCUGCUCUCCCUGCCUUUGGAUAGGGGAGUUCCCUCCACACUGGACAAAAGAGGAAGCCAAGGUGGAUUUCAAGGACUGAAGCGACACCUCUCUGACAUCGACAGUGAGGUUCAUGGGAGUAGUAAGAAGUUUUUGAGCUCCAGGAGUAUAAGCGCUCCUAACACGGUGUCUUCGCCCUCCCAAAGCAUCAGCAGAGACCAAAACGGACACCAGAGUCACAUUGGACUGCAGGACUGUGGGUAUGCAGACCAAGAGGAACCUAUCGACCUGAGCAUUGUCAAGUCCAGGACGAACGCAGCCCGGCCUGGAACACACACACAACCUCAGACUGUAAGACAAGCUGAAGCGCACACACAGGCUGAAACGGACACACAAGCUCAAACACAGACAGAAACUCAGAGUGAAACUGAAAUCCAUAAAGAGGAGGAGAAUAUCAGCUCAUUGUCUGUUUCUAACCACGAAAAGACAAAAGAAGAGACAUUUCCCUCUUUCCAGCCUUUCCUUGGGAAUAUAGUAAUCACAGACAUUACUACAAACUGCCUCACAGUCACAUUUAAGGAAUACAUCACAGUGUAACUGAACUGGAUACAAACUGUGCAACUGUAUAAAUGUACAUUAGAUAUAUUUGUAUUUUCGGAUGCUUGAAUGUACAAAUGGACCCUUGAUGUUGCUUUCAUUUUGUAUUGUUCAGAUUUUUAAAAAAAAAGAAAGCUCCUUUAUUGCAUUAUUUGCAUAUUUCUUCUUAUACAUCUCUGUUGUUAUUACUGGAGAUGCAGUAUCUACAUUUUGCUAUUUCAAACUUAGUUUAAAAAGCCAAAUUAGGUCAAAUAAAUGUCUGAACUUUGAGAUGCACUUAAUACUCUUCACUUUUCUAUGGAUGUCAUGUCAUACACCCAACUGUCUGCAUCUCAGAAAAUGUUUAACAAAUGUAGGCUAUAUGGAGAAUUUUGUAAGGCAGAAAAAUUACAUUGAAACAUGGUAAAUUACACUGUGUGUGUGUGUGCGUGCGUGUGUGGGUGUGAACAGAUUUAAACAAGGAUGCAUGCUGUUUGGACAGAUUAUGCUAUUAAGCAUGCUUAAACAAGCAGAUAAAGAAAAAAGGAGCGCCUUUCUGUCAAUAAAUGUGAUUUGCGUUGUUGAAAGGGAAAAUGGGAUGUUUUUAAAUGAAAGAUUAUUAAUGGUUAAUGUUUGAUAUAUGCUCCUUAAAGUGUUUUUUGAGUCAUGCAUCUCGAGAUCUGAUACUGAGCACAAGUCACUUCCAUUAAGACAGCAGACAUACAACCCUGGGACUCUUAUUUAUGUUUUGUAGCAGUGCAGUUACAAGAAAUGCCUUUUUUUUGGUAUUGAAUCAUAUCAGUCACAAAUCUGUGUUAACGCUGCCAGUGGAGCUGUGUAAUCCAAUAGAUUAGUACCACCAGAUGGGUGCUCUAUGAUUCUGUUUUUCAUGUUUCCGUUCUCUGCCUCCCUGACACGUCCUGUAGGCGACACCGUUAUGAAUGGGAUUGAAUGGACUUGUCCUGGUGUCAUAUUUUAGUAACUUUUGCAUCAUCGAGUUAAUGUGAAAGCACACAUCCUUUUAAUAUUCAGAUCUGUUCCCUUGUGUCACACAUGCCCCCUCUCCCAUUUUCAAAAUCCCUUCCAGCACUAUGUGAUCUGAGGUGCAUUGAACUGCUCUGAGAACCAUGAUCAGAUGCACUUUUGAUGUUUUGUGUGCAGACUAAAAAAAAAAAAAAGGCUUCCUAUGAUACAUUUUGCAAUAAUAAAAUUGUUUGCAAAUGA